CCUUGCUGCUGGGGGUGACAUUGCAGGGCAAUGGAGAAGACCAUCGCAGACUGCCUGAUGUCCACGCUGGAGAACUUGCGGGAGGACGAACUCAAGAGAUUCAAGCUCAAGCUCAACGAGUUCCCCCUCAGGGAGGGCUAUGACAACAUCCCCCUAGGGACACUGGAGAAGGCAGAUGUGGUGGACUUAAGCCACCACCUUCUGAGUUUCUACCUGGAAGAUUAUGCUGUGCAGGUGACGGCCGAGGUCCUCAGAGCCAUCAACUGCAGAAACGAGGCACAGAGGCUCCUUGCCCUCACCGGGAAGGAGUAAGGAAAAAGGAAUGCCGUCUCAUGGAACUCACCAUGAGUUAAGGGGAAAGGACUGUCAUUUUCCUCAGCCCUCUGCAAAUGGAGGGAGAUUGAUUCUGAUCCUCUUUUCAUGGGAGUCAUGAGGGUGGAAGUGGUAGUUUAAAAAGCAUGCAGAAUCUUGUUCAGUUAUGUAUCUGCAUUUGCAAAGCACAGGAAAUUUAGGUUGCUAGGCCUUUUAAAUAUCCCAGUAUUAGGCACUGACAAUGUGCUCUCCCAUCUCUACCCCUCUGGCAAUGAAUUGGACCACAUGUUGCACAAGUUUUAAAAGGUUUACUACUUCCAUAAUACAAGGUCUUAGUCACAGAUCUGAGUGCCACAGCAAAAGCAAUGCAGGUAGACA